AUGUCCGAGGAGGACAUCGCCGCCGCGGGUGCGCUCUCGGACGAGGACCUGACGAACGCGUACGAGACGAUGCAGCUGUGCCGCGACUUCGAGAACGAGUGCAACCAGGCGUACAUGGCGGGCAAGAUUCGCGGCUUCAUGCACCUCGACAACGGCCAGGAAUCUAUCCCCGCGCUCCUCUCGAACGCGAUCCGCAAGACGGACCUGAAGCACUCGUACUACCGCGACCACUGCCACGCGAUCGCGUGCGGCGUCGACCCGGGCGCGGUCAUGGCCGAGAUCUUCGGCCGCGACGGCGGCUCGUGCAGAGGCACCGGCGGAUCCAUGCACGUGUACGACGUCGAGACUAACUUCCAAGGCGGGUGGGCGCUCGUCGCCGAGCAGCUACCCUACGCCGUCGGAGCCGCGCGGUCGAUCGUCCUCGACAAGCACCUCGGCACGGGCGAGGCGGAGGACCGCAUCGCGAUCGUCUUCGUCGGCGAGGGCGGCGCGCAGAACGGACGGAUGGCGGAGUGCCUGAACGCGGCGGCGAAGGCGCGUUCUAUCUCACACUGGUCCCCAUACGACCGCGAAAACCUUCCGAUUUUAUUCCUCGUCAUCGACAACGGUCGCGCGAUCAACACGUUCACGAAGGACGUCGCGACGAACCAGGAGGUGUUCAACCAGGGGAAACACUACGGCAUCCCGGGCAUUCUCGCGGACGGGCAGAACGUUCAGGACACGAUGCGCAUCGGGCGAGCGGCGAUCCAGCACGUUCGCAAUAAGGGCCCGGCGAUUCUCCAGGUGCACACGUUUCGGUUCAACGGGCACUCCCCCGCGGACCCCGAGCACGAGCGCAACCGCAAGGACGAGAAGCGCUGGGCGCGCGCGACGUGCGACCCGAUCAAGAUCUUCGAGGAGUCGGACGACGCGAAGAAGGUGGACCAAAAGGCUGCGCUGGCGAGGGCGCGCGAUGAGGUAGCCAAGGCGCUCGCUUUCGCCAACGCGUCGCCGCCGCCGCCGAAGGAC